UUAUGUGUAGGCGAAGGGAGCGGACACACUCUCUCUCUCUCCGACACACACACACACACAUACACACAUACACACACACACACACACACAUACACACACACACACACACUCGAGCCAUGCCAGGUACGCACACACGCACUGUGUUACGUACACACUGAGAGAAAAAGACUGUCAUAGAUUCGUGUACGUGUUUCUUCAUAUAUGUACGUGUGUGCGUGUGUCAAGGCGCGCACAAGUACGUAGAGAGCGUGGUGGUGAUGUGGUGGUGUGGCGGGGGUGGUGGUGGUGAUGGUGGUGGUGGUGGUGGUGUUUAAAUGCAAUUUUUAAAAGACACGCUGAGAAAAAUAAAUAAAAAUUCGAGUCUACGGAUAAAAAUAUUCAGAGAUUCUACGAAAUUUCUGAAGAGAGGCUACGGAAAGUCUGAAGAAUUCUGAAGGGAGUCUACGGAAAUUCUGAAGGAAAUCUCCGGAAAAUUGACUCCCGCUGUGUUUUGGAGGGAGAAAACCUGUAGUUUUUCCCUCCACGUUCCCUCCACUUUACCUCCACCCCUCCAAGGAUGAGAGUAAAGUGUGGAGGGAUUUUCUUACUUACAUGGCUGAGUGCCGUGUGUGGGAGCCAACUGGGUGAGUUCCAGCGGCCGUCACAUGCCUCAGCUGAUGAUGAUGCGCUCUUGGCAGGAACCUUAAGAACAUUUCAAGAACAUGCCUGCGACGGGAGUUCUCUCAGUCUGCAGUGCCCCAACAGGACUACCAUUGAUAUCACCUUUGCUCGCUACGGCCGCCCACGCACAACACACGUUACUUCAGGCGUGGGCGUGGGCGGGGUGGGUGUGCAGAGGGAUAUAUGCCCCCCUCUCGCCCACCACUCACCUCUCAGCCAAAAGGGCGUCUGUGAAUACCCGCAGACUGUCAAUUACAACACACUACAGCUGGUGGUGAGGAGGUGCCAACACGAGGAGCAGUGUGUCAUUGAGGUGUCCCCAGCUACCUUCAGCACCUCUGACCCGUGUCCCGCCACUAGGAAGUACAUCGAAGUGGCGUACAAAUGUAGACCAAAGACGUUUGUGAACAAGGUGGUGUGCGAGGGAGGGAAAUUAAUCGUGCGGUGUGAAAAGGACUCCAGGAUAGCGAUCUACAGCGUCUUGUUUGGGAGGUCCUUGUCUGGUUCCUUCAUCUGCCCUCAGCCUGAAGGAGUAGCAGAGGAAGAGUGCCAGGCGAGCUAUGCCACUGAAAUGGUGAUGCGUCAGUGCCACGGACAGCGACUGUGCCAUAUAGAAGCGAAAUCUGAAGUGUAUGGGAGUCCGUGUUCCCCCCAAUCCAAUAUGUACAUGAAGGCUGUUUAUACUUGUGUGCCAAAGAAGAUAUUGAAGGAGAGGAAAACAGACGAGGACAAGAGAGGAAAACAAGACGGAAGAGGAGAGGAGAAGGAAGAAGAAGAAGAAGAAGAGACAGAGGAGGAGGAGGAGGAGGAGGAGGAGGAGGAGGAGAUGCAAGGAGAAGGAGGGAAGAGGCCAGGUGCAGAGAAGCCAGGGGGAGGUGGAAGAGGCCCCGAGGAGACCAGGGUACUAGGAGAAGCCCCCCAACCAGCGCCAGCAUCCCCGCCAUCUGAGGCUGAACUGAUCAACUGUACAGUGCUGGUCUUGGCUGGGGCACAAGGAAGGGAGAUUGGAUUUCUGACGGAGUGGAUGAAGGCAGUAGCAUUUGUGAGAGGUAAUUUUGAAAAGUUCCUGCUGUACCUCCUGCUGGGUUUGUUUGUGGGGCUCGUGCUGUUUCUCUUCGUGGUGGUGGGCCAGCUGCUGUGGGAGAGGAGAAGAGCGAAGAGAGAAGCCAAGACUCUACAUGACCCUCUCACUUCAGUCUUUGCUGCAGAUAUUGAGGACAUUGAUGGCGACCUUGACCUGGACGGCACGGGGGGCAGCAUCGGGGGACUGGGUGGUGGCGGAUCCCUCCCCCGCUCCCCCUCCCCCCAGGACAGCCACAGGGGGCCCCGGGAAGUGGUCCGCUACAACGCCUACUCCACCUAUGGCCGACGGAGGGAUGGAGCGGAGGAAGGAGAUGGAAAUCCACUCAGUUUGACUCGGACGAAUAAUAAUCAGUUGUUUUAUAGUUAAUGGAGUGCAGAGAGAGAGAGAGAGAGAGAGAGAGAGAGAGAGAGAGAGAGAGAGAGAGGGAGAGGGAGAGGGAAAGCGAGAGGUUAGACAAGAGAAGUUAAGGGAAAUGGAGAGAGAGAGAGAGAGAGAGAGAGAGAGAGAGAGAGAGAGAGAGAGAGAGAGAGAGAGAGAGAGAGAGAGAGAGAGAGAGAGACUACUCCACCAAAUCCAGUGAAAGUAAAGGAAGCAAAAAAUGAAGGAAUAAAUUAAACAAACAAACAAACAAACAAAUGAAAAGAAAAGGAAAAACAAAACAAAAAAUUCUCAAAAAAGGAAAAAAAUAUUGAAAAAAAAACAAACAAAAAAACGUACACACACUUUCAUGUGCGCGUAAACCUGUGUGCGUAUUGCAGCUUGUGUGUGUACAUGGCCAAAGACAAACAAACGUACACACGCACAGGACUGUCUUUAAACCCCCCCAAAAAAAUAAAUAAAUAAAAAAGCCAUGUGUGUACGUACGUACGUAUGUAUGUAUGUAUGUAUGUCUGCGUGUAUGUGUGUGUGCGCAUAGACAAAUGCUUCUGUAAAUAUGUAUGUAUUGCCAGUGUGUGUACGUAACUAAUGUUAUGUGUGUGUGUGUGUGUGUGUGUGUGUGUGUGUGUGUGUGUGUGUGUGUGUGUGUGUGUGUGUGUGUGUGUGUGUGUGUGUGUGUGUGUGUACAUGACCAAUUAAAACACACACACAGGAGCAGAAGGAUGUGUACGUAAUUUUAUGUACGUAUUAUUGUGUGUGUGCGCAUGUACGCCUCUUCCGCUUGCCAAUGUGUGUGUGUGUGUGUGUGUGUGUGUGUUUUAUAUCUACAUAAAAACACAUUAGUCAUAGAGAGAGAGAGAGAGAGAGAGAGAGAGAGAGAGAGAGAGAGAGAGAGAGAGAGAGAGAGAGAGAGAGAGAGAGAGAGGGCAGUGCUGAAAUGUAAAUAAUGAGACUGAAAAAUGAAAGGAAAGAUGGAAAGAAAUGAUGAAUACUUGUGGCAAAUUUUUAUAUAAACAAAGUGAAUAAAAAUAAAAGAAAAAAAGAAACAAGAAAAUAAGUGAAAAAAAACUCAUAUCAAGAAAAAAAUGAGAGAAAGAGAAAGAAAAAAGAAGAGAGAGAGAGAGAGAGAGAGAGAGAGAAAAAUGAAAGUGACAAAGCAGAAAAUAGAAUAACUGAUAUAAAAGAAAAGACAAAAUAAAAAUACUAAUAACAUAAAUGAAAACAAAGGAAAGAGAAGAAAGUGAGAGAGAAAAAAAGAGAGUGACUGUGAAAGUGAAAAGAAAAAAAGAAAAGUAGAGAAAAUAAAGAAAAAUGAGAGAGAGAGAGAGAGAGAGAGAGAGAGAGAGAGAGAGAGAGAGAGAGAGAGAGAGAGAGAGAGAGAGAGAGAGAGAGAGAGAGAGAGAA